GACACCAUGCUCGGGGUUACAUGAGCAGAGUUAAUACGCAUUACAAACGGACUACAAUGAUGGCGGGCACGGCGUGGCGCCGGGCGGCCACGCUGGUAUUGUCGGGCCGGGGUGCUGGUGACGAGCUGGCCCUGCUCAUGGUGCGCCGCAGCGGCAAGAGCCGGCACCUACCCGACGUGGAGGUCUUUCCUGGUGGUAUAGUAGACGACAGCGACUUCAGCGCCGCCUGGCGGCCGCUGCUGACGGCGCUGCCGCUGGAGCCGCUGCUGCUCAGCGCUCCGCGGCCGGCCACCUUCGUCGAGCGGCCGCCGGUGGGCGACGAGCUGCCCGCCGAGAUCGGCUUCCGGCUGGCCGCGCUGCGAGAGACGUUCGAAGAGACGGGCGUGCUGCUGACCCGCCCGGCGGCCGGCGGCCGGCCGGCGCCGCUGCCCGUGGCAGAGGCGGAGCGGUGGCGGCCGCUCGUGCAGCGGCGGCCCGCCGAGCUGCUGCGCCUGGCGCGCGAGCUGGCCGUGGCGCCGGACGUCUGGAGCCUGCACGAGUGGAGCGCCUGGCUGACCCCGGUGGCCGUCCCGGGCCACCGGCACGACGCGGCCUUCUUCGUGGCCAGUGUGCCCGACCGGCCGCCCUGCUGCGAGGACCAGACCGAGACUGAACACGUGGAGUGGCGGCGGCCGGCGGCGGUGCUGGCCGACCACGCCGCGGGCACCACCACCCUGAUGCCGCCGCAGCUGUACGAGCUGAGUCGGCUGCAGCGGUUCGGCAGCUGGUCGGCGCUGGAGCGGUUCAGCCGACGGCGGGCGUCGCUGGGCAUUCAGCGCAUGCUGCCCGUGGUGGCGCUGCUCAGUGACGGCCACCGGCUGGGACUGCUGCCCGGUGACGAGCUGUACCCGGCCGAGGGCGAGCCGGCGGCCGACCCGCUGGCCGAGCCGGCGCCGCUCCGCCUGCCAAUGACGCUGGCACAGGCGGAGACGCCGGGCGGCCGGUGGCACCGCACCGUCAUGGGACGGUCGUCGCACUGCACAGUUCAGCUGCCGUACGGCCACGUCGGACCGGCCUACCCGGCCGACCGCGACUCGGCCGGCACGCCAGAGAAGUACUGGGUCGGUAGCUGAUGUCCUAUCGGCCGGGAUCGUUCCGGCUGUGUGCUGCUCCAGUGGCGCUCAAUGAUAGGCGCCUGCGCUCGCUGCUGAGUGUGCCGAAUAUGAUGUGCUAUAUCAUGUGUGGUGCUAUUUUAGACGUUGUAUUUGUAUGUUUGUCAAUAUUAUGUAUGCCUCAGA